CAUAUACGCCUAUGAUGAAAACACGAGAGACGUGUAACUUUGACAGUUCCGGGAAAAUCCACAGGAAUACUUUACAACUGAAAUCGUGAUUAACAGAUAAAUGACAUAUAAUGUAAAACGUUUUUGCUAUAUUAAAAAAGUUACAUAUAGAAAUCUAAGAAAUAUAUGACAAAAAAGUGUCAGUAUGCUGAGCAGAUCUAUAGUCGUGCAAAGUCUCAGGAGUAUCAGAGAUAGGUUUUUUGAUACAAGACAACAAAGAAAUGAGAAAAGUGAUGGUCAGGGGUCAAGUAAUGAAGUCACGGGCCCCUGUCUGGAUAACCUGACGGUUGACAUGCAGUUUCUCAUCAUGACCUUCCUGUCUCCGCAAGACCUCUGCAGAUUGGGAGGCACCAGUACAUACUGGCAGUCAAUGGUUCGAGACCCUGUCCUGUGGAAGUACUUCCUGUUACGUGAUAUGCCACUCUGGCAGUCAGUUGACCAUUUAUCAGUGCCUCAGGUCAAGCUCACUGGCUCAGCUCUGCUGGAUGACUCUGAGAUGCAGCUUGAUUAUAUGGCAGAGUAUCUACGUGUUUGUCCGGCCUGUCGAAACCAAUGGCAAUACCAACCCAGAGCCUUCGAAUCUGUGACUUCCUUCUUCCAGUCUCUUGUACCGGUUUCAGAGCCACAGUUUGCCAUGUUUGGCCCCGGGCUUGAGCAGUUAGAGAUUUCCCUCAUGAAUACAAUCAUGAAUUCCCCUCAUGUACUGCCUAUAGCAGGACCACCUCAUCGGCAGAUUGAUGGCAUUGGAUCCGGAAUCAGUUUUAAGUACAAAGAUCAGCACAGAUUCAAUAUUGCAACUUUAUAUUCAACUAACAGGACGGAGCGAGAGAGAGCGCGUCUGGAGCAUGUCAAUCUGCGAAGUAAAAUCUUUGUCUAUGAAGAGGAUAGUGAGUCUAACAUACCCUUAAGUGUCAACCCCAUGUUUAAUCAAGUUUGUCAAGCUGUGAAUGGAUUCAUCUUUGUGGCCAAUGCUGAGACAGAAAGAGGAACAGACAGGGGGUGGGAGGAGGAAUGUGCCCAGAUCAGGGUUAUGUUAGACCCUGCGGUGGGUGCUGUGUCCCGCCCGAUCCUGGUGCUCUCCUGUGUGUCUAGAGAGACCACAGACAGAAACAGGAUACAUUGUGUGACCAUUGCCCAUCAGCUUCAGCUCAGCUCACUGCCCAACCCUUGGAUGGUUCAGGACACGACUGCAGAAACACUGACAGGACUGCUGGAUGGUAUUGAUUGGCUGCUGAGGCACUCUGGAGUCAAGCUAUAACCAAUAAGACUGUAAUGAAGCUACUGGAUGUAUCAAGUCACACUAUUAUAGGGGGUUGUGCUUUUGGUGGGGACCAGUUAUACAUUUAUUUGUUUUCACAAUUGCAAUUUUCAACCUGUUUUGGCUAAAUGUUGUCCUUUAAAUUGACUUGUUAGAUUUUUUAAAGUGACAUUUUUUUACAUUUGUGACCCUGGACCACAAAACCAGUAUUGGCUGGGGUAUAUUUUUAGCAAUGGGUCAAAAUGAUCAAGUUUUAUUUUUGCCAAAAAACAUUAGGAUAUUAAGUAAAGAACAUUAGGGUUAGUUAGGGUUAGGGUUAGGGUUAUAUUAAUUGUAAAAAAAAAAACUUGGGUUAGGGUUAUAUUAUAUAUUUUGGAAAUUCCCUACCGUAAAUAUAUAUAAACUUAAUUUUUAAUCAGUAAUAUACAUUGCUAAGAACUUCAUUUGGACAACUUUAAAGGCAAUUUUCUCGCUAUUUGGAUUUUUUUGUCAUAUCCUAACAAAAUAUACCUCAAUGGAAAUCUUAUUUAUUCAUCUUUCAGAUGAUGCAUAUAUCUGAAUUUUGAAAAAUUGACAUUUAAGACUAGGGUCACUCACACACACAUAUUUAAUCAGGGGAAUAAAAUGUAUGUAGCUCUAAAGGCAAUAUUACACAAGCAAGAAUGCUUUUUGCACUGAACAUCAACAAGUCUGAGAUUUGACUGUAGCAGGUGAUAUCAAGAAUCAGAAUAACAAGUUAUGAUUGUAAUACAGUGCAGUUCAAUAAAGAAAAAUAUUAAGGAACUUAUAUUUAAAACACAAA